CGCCACUCGCCGCAGUCACUCUCUCUUAAAGGAUCCCUCCACGCCCCGUCCCCACCUUCCCCCAUCACAACUCGUCAGCGUGGUAUCCAUUCCACCUCUUUCAUCAUCUCAACAACAUCCCUCCUCACUCCUUGCCACCUCUUCUCACCUAGACCCAACAUGAAGAUCGCUGCCCUCCUCGCCGUCCUCGCCGUCCUCGGCGGCACGGACGCCGCCGUCCACAAGAUGAAGCUCAACAAGAUGGACACCUCCAAGCACCUCAGCCCCGACUUCUCCCCCCUCAAGGAGGCCGAGUGGCUCAUGGAGAAGCACCUUGGCGGCCUCUUCGGCGGCGAGGCCCAGAAGACCUUUAGCGGUCGCCGUAACCGCCCGAUCCGCAUGUCGGAUGAGGACAAGGACGAGUUCUGGGCCCAGAUGAUUGAGGAGUCCAAGGACAACGCCGGCGCGCUCAAGGGCGGCCACGGCGUUCCCCUCUCUAACUACAUGAACGCGCAGUACUACGCCGACAUCACCCUCGGCACGCCGCCCCAGGACUUCAAGGUCGUGCUUGACACUGGCUCUUCCAACCUCUGGGUGCCCUCCAAGUCGUGCUCGUCGAUCGCGUGCUUCCUCCACGCAAAGUACGACUCGGACGCCUCGUCGACGUACAAGGCCAACGGCUCGGAGUUUGCCAUCCGCUACGGCUCGGGCUCGCUCGAGGGCUUUGUGUCGCAGGACACGCUUGCCAUCGGCGACCUCAAGGUCAAGAAGCAGGACUUCGCCGAGGCCACAAAGGAGCCCGGCCUUGCCUUCGCCUUUGGCAAAUUCGACGGCAUUCUCGGCAUGGGCUACGACACCAUCUCGGUCAACCACAUCGUGCCUCCCUUCUACAACAUGAUUGACCAGAAGCUGCUCGACGAGCCCGUCUUCGGCUUCCGCCUUGGCGACGGUGACGGUGACGGCGGCGAGUGCACCCUCGGCGGAAUUGACAAGGACGGUUACACUGGCAAGAUCCACUACAUCCCCGUCCGCCGCAAGGGCUACUGGGAGAUCGAGCUCGAGGCCGUCAAGUUCGGCAAGGAUACGCUAGAGCUCGAGUCCACGGGGGCCGCCAUCGACACGGGCACGUCUCUCAUUGUUCUCCCCACGGACAUUGCGGAGAUGCUCAACGCGCAGAUCGGCGCCGAGAAGAGCUGGAACGGCCAGUACACGCUCGACUGCGCCAAGGUGCCUUCUCUCCCCAAGCUCUCGUUUGUAUUUGGCGGCAAGGACUUUACCCUCUCGGGCGAGGACUACACGCUCAACGCGGGCGGCACCUGUAUCUCGGCCUUUACGGGCAUGGACUUCCCCCCGCCCAUGGGCCCCAUCUGGAUUAUCGGUGACUCGUUCCUGCGCCGGUACUACUCGGUGUACGACCUGGGGAAGAACGCCGUCGGUCUCGCCGUGUCCAAGUAGUCAGAAGUGUCGUAUGUGCCGUACGUAUCAAGCAUGAAUGCAGUAUCCACCUGAG